AAGCUUCCCUCGCUACGCGGUAAACAGACCCGCACACAGUUCAGCUAAAAACCCGGCCACACGUUGAAGUGCCAAGGUUUCUCGUUGCUUCACCCGCGCACUUCACACCUUGGAGGACCUUUUCAAAGUCAUCUGGGAGAUCUUGUGAGAUCCAGACAACAUGGUGAAGCGGUGCAUCUGUGAGAUCUGUACAUGCGGGCGGCAUCGCUGCCCGCAUCGGCCGGCGGCCCCGAUCGCAGGGCGCGGGGACCAGUGCAAACUGUCGGAGUACACCGAGCGCUACAAGAAACACCCCAUGAUGCCCACCGCAUCCUUCAAACCAAAGGAGGAAGCGAUCAGAGGACAAGGCAGGAUGGAGGGAGUCACCACCUUCAAGAAGGACUAUGUCCCCUACAAGGUUACAAAGAUUGCCCUCCCCAAGGCAGAGGAGUAUGUCCCCAUCCCUGGCAACAUGGACCUGCUGUCGUCCUACAAACAGGAGUACAUCGGACACACUGUUCCUGUUGUCAAACCAAUUAGGCAUGAGCCACAGCGCAAGAUCGACGCUGGGAGAAUGGAUACAGUCCCUACCUACAAAACUGACUACAGGAAGUGGGAGAUCCAGCGAGCAGCUGCCCAUAUACCUAAAGCUGCCUACAGGCCUUCCGAAGGCCACAUGGAGGAGAUGACCACGUUCCGCCACGACUACACCAGGAAGAACAUCCCACUCACUGUCAGCUUCAAGCCUCUGGCGGAAGCUAAGGUGUCCGACAUUCCCUUCGACGACAAGACAGAGUACAAGACCGGGUACGUGCCGAAACCGCUAGAACCAAAGCAGCAGCGGGAGAGGGAGUUGUACAGGCCCAGCGGAGUGCCCUUUGAUGGAAUGACAACACAAAAGAGGGACUUCACGAAGAAGCAAGGCCCUAAAACGGAGAGCUUCAAGCCCGACCAGAUUGCGAUGCAGUCGCGCGACCCGUUCCAAGGAGACACUGAGUUCAAGACGCAGUUCAAGAAGUGGGCAACACAGCCUUACAUCCCACAUGCAGGAGAGGCCUAUGUGAAACCCGUGGGAGAAAUGGACUUGCGCACCACGCAUGGUCUGGAGUACAGGGGCCAUGUGGUCCCACCAGCCAGGCCAGCUAGGCCUCCCUCCCGUCAGCGUGCCAAUACAGCGCCGUUCGAGGACAAGACCACCUUCAAGGAUUCCUUCAGAAGGUGGGAGAUUGAGAGGGUGGGGCCCAAGAUCCACCAGGAUGCGUACCACAGGCCUGACGUGCCAUUCGAGGGCACGACAACAUUCCGCUCACACUACAUCAAACACCCGCAAGCGCCGACGCAGAGCUUCAAGCCCGACCUGGGAGCCUACCAGAGCGAGGCUCCGUUCGAAGACAGAACUGAGUAUAAGGGAAGCUACACGCCAAAGAAGGCCGACAUCUGUCCAGCUGUGUUCCUGCCGGGGUCAGGGUCGGGAUGGGCAUACGAGACCGACGACCAGCGCGGACACAAACUGUUCAGGCGCAUGUCACAGACCACCAAAGCCAUGGAAAUGAACACUUCUAUGAUGCAGAACUCGUUUCAGGAGACCGUCCAGCCCCUGGCAAGCACACAACCACAGGCUGUGAUGGCAUAGACAUAACUGUUCAAACAUACAAGGGACUUUUCUGUAUCUACUAAGUAGGUAGCUGACAUUAUGACCAAUUUACAAUGAAGGAGGGUGGGAAGAAAUAUUCAUGACAGUUUACAUCUGAGAUUUUGAAUGACACAGUCUUAUCUUGUGAGAUACCUCAUAGAUGAGGAUUUGAGGCAUAAAGAAUCAGCAGUGUUUUUGGUCCUCAGGAAAACACAACAAAAGCUGAACCUUGACAGUUUUCUUAUACAAACCAGUUCAUGACAAUCCGAUAUGUCUUACUUGCUUUUCCUCUUAAAUGAUUUGUCACUUGAAGAUUGGGUGCUGCUUUCAGAUUGUACUUUGUAUCUCAUACAUGACCAUAAGUUGCAGAUCUUACAUUUGCUUGUAUAUUUUGCAAGGUAAGAGUCCCUGACUGUGAGUUUUCUAUCAUUGUACAUAAACAUUGUCAACUGCCUUUUUAACAUAGGAUUACAAAAAAAAAUUAGAGUACAGAAAAACCAUACUUUGAUACAAGGCUUAUCUCCAGAAGAGACCUACAACAAGCAUGUCAAAUGAUAUGCUACCACUGCAGCUAUGCCUCAGUAAGCAAAGUUAUUUUAGCCUGAAGUUUUAGACAAUAACAUGCUACCUUAAGGCACAGAACGGGAAGAAGCUUAGGGGGAAAUUUGUGAAACUUACCAAAGAUUAAGCCUGUAAAUUCAGAGGUCGAAGUAUGUACCAAACACAUCCUAAGAACACCACUGAACAACAU